GACUUACGACAUUCAUUGUAAACCAGGCCUUAGCAGUUUGCCGGUGUUUUGAUACAGACGUGAGUUAUUUUUAUAAAUUUGUUAUAAACAUGACGUCGUUCAAGAAAAUAAAUACUAAAGUAUUUGCUAGAACAGGGCCGGAGUUAACCGAAGAUAAUAUAUAUUGGAAGAAAUAUACACCUCCUGUUUUAAUAAAGGAGUUUGGUCUGAUAGACUACAUUGAUUUCUCACCAGUAGAGCCACAUUAUUUCGCGGUGACCUGCUCAGUACGGGUGCAACUGUAUAAUCCUAUCACCAAACUGGUCACAAAAACUUACAGCAGAUUCAAAGAAGCUGCAUAUGGAGGUUGUUUUCGCAGGGAUGGCAAGCUGUUGUGCGUCGGUGGAGAGGAACCGAUGGUUAGACUUUUCAAUAUUGGUUCCAAUAGCAUGUUACGGGUCUUCUCUGGACACAAACGUGCGGUGCACCGAGUUUUCUUCACAGCUGACGACCUUCACAUUGCUUCGUUCUCAGACGAUAAGACUGUAGCAUUAUGGGACAUACCUAGUGAGAAGCAGUUAAUAACCUUCAAUGAACACACGGAUUAUAUUAGAGCUGGUGCAGUAAGCCCUGUGUCCACCGACAUCUUGCUAUCUGGCGGAUAUGACAAGAUUGUAAAUAUGUAUGACACCAGAACGAAUAAGAAGAUAUUUAGUGUUAAUCAUGAUGCACCAGUGGAAAGUUUACUCUUUUUGCCGACUGGGGGAAUAUUCCUGUCUGCAGGUGGAACAGAUAUCAAAGUGUGGGACGCUCUCGCGGGUGGUAAAUUGCUCGCAAAAAUCACGCAACAUCAUAAAACUGUAACUUGCCUGAAAAUUGCCUCCAAUGGUCAUAGAAUAUUGUCUGGAUCGUUGGACAGGCACGUUAAAGUAUAUGAUGCUGGAACAUAUAAAACUCUUCAUGCUUUGGACUAUCCCAAUGCGGUUCUCAGCAUAGGAAUUAGUGCAGGUGACGAAACUGUCGUAGCCGGUAUGGUAGACGGUUUGAUUUCCGUUAGGAGACGUGAGGAAGACGUGAAAGACGUGAUAAAACCGAAACGCAAAAAGGUAUCUUACAGAAACGCGGGCGAAAACUUACAUGUACGGAGUGUCGACGUAGUUGUCCAGCAGGAGGUCAAAGAGAUAAUGAGUAAGCACGACGCCUGUUUGCGAAAGUUUCAAUAUAGUAAGGCGCUCGACUGCGUAAUGAUGAGUUACGUAGUCAACAAAACGCCGCAUGUUACCGUGGCGCUUACACAAGAACUUAUUAGGCGUGAGGGUUUAAAGCGAGCCUUGGCCGGUAGAGACGGCAAAUCACUGGUUAAUAUUAUUAAGUUUUUGAACAAAUACAUCGGCAGCAUUCGUUUUGGAAGAGUGUUGUUGCAUGUAGCGAAUGUGUUAUUAGACGUAUAUGAGGAUCAUUUGGAUGAACUGUCAGAAGAAGCACGAAAAAUGUUCGCUAUACUGUCGCAAAAGUUACAGGAGGAAGAGCAAUUAAUUCUAGCCUUGACACAAUUGCAAGGUUCAAUGCAGACGAUUUUGUCCAGUGCUGAAACGUCUUCUUUGCCUGCUAUAAAGGAAAGUCGAAGUUUGGAACCAUCAAACGCUGCUCAAACGGAACGUAAUAUUGUCUUAAAUAUAGUCUAAAUAUAAUUUAUAUAAAAUCACCAAUUUUAAAAUAAUUUUUUGUAAAAUAGGUUUUUUGUACAUAAUUUUACAAUAUUAAAUUUCUCAAAAUAAGUAAACAAGCAACGGUUUAAACUUUUUUGUUAAUGAAUGAAGAAUAGCAAAAUUCAAUCUCUCAAUUAAAAUAACAUUUCUUUCCAUAUAUAUGACAAUUUUUGCAAUAGUGAAAAACUUUAUCGUAAUGUAUACAAGUCGCAUGGCUUGAUUAAAAUAUUCUAGCAAAU